UUUUUCCUUCAACUACUAAUAAAUAAAAAAAAAAAUCUAUAGUAACAUUUUAAUUAAAAAAAAUGGCGGGAAUUCAAAAAGUGCGACUAAAUAAUUUAAAUAUUAACUUAAAAAAUGCCCUUAUAGUUGGUAUUAUUAUAGCCAAAAAUAGUCCACGUACAAUAGGUUCCAAAAAGAAAAAUGGAGAGUCACGGGGGAUUAUCUCUUUCACAAUAAGAGAUUCCGAAGUAGACACUAUUAACGUAGAUGUAUGGGGUUCGGAAUAUUUUGUUACUACAUUUUACGAAAGAUUCCUCGUAGGUGACGUUGUUGAAAUAUCUUCACCGAAAAUAUGUGUUAAAUGCGGCGACAAUGAAAUGUAUAGGCCUCAGGUGUCCUCUCCAUUCUAUCUUUCUCUCAACGAAGGCAUAUCCGACGUAACAACACACAACGGGGACACCUACACCACAUAUUUACCCCUCUUACAUAUACCUACUAAAUCUUCUUCUGGUUAUUGUGGUAUAGCUGAAGUGGUCAAAUUAUCAGAGCAAACUGAUAAUGUCUACGUAGAUUUAUUGGUUGUCGUUAAAUCUGUAAGUCCUGCUAAGACGAUCCGAACAAAAACAGGUUCAGAGAUGACAAUUCGUUGUGUAGAAAUUAUAGAUAACACAUCACCUGCAUCAUUAUUCUUGGAUAUUUUUGAUAUUGAUACUAUACAGAGAGCUGACGAAUGGCACGUGGAGAGCGUGUUGUUCAUAGCUGAUGCUCGUGUAACGUGGCGCAGUCGAGCUGUGAAGGUACAAGUGUGUUCUAAGACCGUCAUCACUUACCAGCCGUACACAGCUGACGCAGAAGCAUUGAAAUUAUACAUUCGUAACCAGGGAAAUACAACAGGUGGUGGAGCUGCGGCUGCGUGGGCGGCGUGGAGCGGAGAGCGACCGUGCACAGCGUCUGUGGCUCAGAUCCGUGACAGAAUCGCCACGGGUACCCCUUUUUGUGCUUCCUUACAUGCCACAGUGACACGCCUCUGUUUAGAGGACCUUGUCAGCAGCGAUAACAACGAAGAUUUACUAAUUCGAUUUGCGGAUCACACCGGAGAACUCACUGCAAGGCUUCCAUUGACCACGCUGCCUGAAAUCUUCGGAUAUUCUAUGGAGCAGCUGAAGAUGAUAUCGUCAGAUGAAAGAGCAGCACUAAACUGGAAGUUUUUAUUAGAGCAAUGCAGUGCAAAGCUUGCCUCGUCGCCACCUCGUCUCAUCGUGCUGACAUUGCGCCGAGCCUCGCCUGCAGAUCCUAUACCUUUAUACUAAAUUUUAUCUCUGUAGAUUUUAAUUAAAUAAGA